UUAAUAAAAGCACAUCCUUUUUUAAUGGAAGUUGAAACAUAGAUUAUGGCAACACACUUCUUUGCGAAAUGUCAAAACAAACAAACCGAUUGGGGCUGUGUUGUUCAUUAAAGUUACGAACUAAAAGUUUUAGAAACUUUUGUUUAUAAUUUAAUGGUUUUGGUUUAUAAAUAGAAUCUUUUUGUAAGAUGUCUGUGGUCGUUAUUGCUGUUGCAACAGAAAGUGGCGUGCCCAUAUUUUCAAGAAAACGCGGUAAUAAUGAAAGUGUCCAAUUUUCUACCAUUGCUUCCCUCCACGGCAUUAAUAUGUUCAGUAAAUGCCACAAUUUAUCUAUGAUCAACACACAAGUCGACAACGGUGCUAUUUUGUGGAAAGAAUAUUGUAAAAGUGUAACAUUAAUUGGCAUUGCAACUGGAGGGCUGGAAUGUGAUUUGGAACUUCUCUUGUCCUGCGUCCACGAUGCCAUGGUGUUCUGCAUUGGAAAGAAGGAUCUAGAAGCUUUAAAGAACAUUGACCAAAUUAAAAGGGAUUUGAGACAGUGCUAUCCAAUAUUGGAUUAUUUGUUGGAAUCUUUAGAUCCUAAUGCACUGUCUAGUCCGCUGCCGACUUUGGUCUUGGACUUGAUACAAAGUAUUUUGUGUCCACAAACACAGCAAUUACAGCAAGCUUUAGACCACUACGCAGAAAGUGUGACAGGCAGAUGGGCUUGUUUAAUCAUUCAUGGGCACUUAGUCGCAACCAGUUCAGAUUUCUGUGAGCUUGACCCGAGAGAGGCCCGGUUAAUGCUGUUGCUUGCUGCAGCUCAGGAUGGUGCACCACUGAGAGAUACUCCUGUAUAUUUACCACAGAUGAGUCCUAAUGUGGCUUUCAGAGCUGUCACAUGUAAACUUUUGGCAGAUGUUUACAUUUUGGUAGUAUGUGGGGCAACUCCCGCUUUAUCACAGAUAGAUGAAAUAGUCCUGCAAUGCUGGGAGGGUUAUGCAUCAAUUAUCAAAGAAGCUAAACUUGGAUACCCUAGAAAUUUUCCUAUGAGUUUGACUUUUGAGCCAUGCGUUUUAGGGGUCCUGGUAAUCAAUAUAAAUAAGCGACGCUGUGUAUUUUCACGGCACCUACACCCAUCUAAUCAGAAAGGUCGAGGUAUGUCGGGAGCUCAUAGAAUGGACAUAUUGAGGACUUUUUACGUGACUUCGGCAAGGGAUUUAGCACCUGAAUUGAAACUCAAAGACGAUAUAGGGAUAAAGGAGGAUAUAGGAAAUAUGUGUGAAACAUACUGGUGCUCUGAAUAUCACAAAUGUCAUGCACAGCGAUCUGGCAACAUUUUGUGUUGCACUCUUUAUGCAUCAAAUGUACAAAUGCACACAAUCAGAUUAAUAACGAAUCAAAUACUUCAAGAUAUAAGUACCAACAAAGAUGUUUAUUGGUGAAACCAAGUGAAUGUUGUGUUGGAUGAAGACUGACAUAUGUUUAAGCGUGCACAAGUAUAACUUGUGAUAUGUAUGAAAU